UCCCUAUCUCUCUCUUCCUCUCUUUCCAAAUGAUUCAUCAUCAUCAUCAUUCCACAAUUAAACUUUGAAAGACUGACAAUAUGAGCAAUGGUGGGCCUUGUGGUGCAUGCAAGUUUCUUAGGAGAAAAUGUGUGAAAGGUUGCAUAUUUGCACCUUAUUUUGACUCAGAACAAGGCAUGUCUCAUUUUGCUGCUGUCCAUAAGGUCUUUGGAUCUAGCAAUGCCUCCAAACUAUUGCUUACCAUUCCACCAAAUAAACGUCUUGAAACUGUUGUUACCCUUUGUUAUGAAGCUCUUGCUAGAGUUAGAGACCCUGUCUAUGGCUGUGUUGGUCACAUCUUUUCCCUUCAACAACAGGCUGUGACAUUGCAAGCAGAGUUGGCCUACGUUCAAGCUCGUAUAUCCACCCUGCAGCAGCACCACCACCAUCUCCCUAUGCCGCCACCAACACCAUCACAGGCAGACGUAGCAGCAGCAUGUUGUUCUAAUAUAUCGUCGUCAUCGGUGUGUAUUACUAUGGAUCCUUCGAUCGAUAUAACAGACUUAUGUAAUGUGUUGGAUCAACAACUAGACAACUCUGUGUGACCUAAGCUUCAUACAGUUAACUGUAACACAAUUUGUCUCCAGAGACAUGACUAAUCUACAGUUAGCUAGCUAGGUUAUGUUCCGGCAAGAUAAUUAAUUAACUCACUUUUAACUCCCUAUGCAAAUUAUCAUGCAUGUAAUUCACUCUUUUUUGCUUAUAUAUGUAUAACUUUUAUCCCUCUGUUUUUCUCUAAUUAAUGUUAGUUAUAUCUAUUGGGCUGUUUGACCCCUAUGGCUCCUCUGGCCCAAUAUCAUCUAUUGUCACUCGGGUUUGGGCUUCCUUUGCUUGAUCCAGUUGUGUAUCCAUGACAUACAUUUUUUAGUGGAAUGUCGCUCCCUGUGGCUCUGGUCUUUUAACAAAAAGUGAAUUUUUAUUCAAUAUUAUAUCAUU